CCACCUCACAAGUCCCCUAACAAGACCCCUUUGUGUCAUUUGGUAUACAGGCAACUCAAACGAGCUUAUAAUUGCGGUUGCCAGAAAAGAAUUACCUACAUACUCGUGAUUCAAGUAGAAUUCUGCUCAAACUACAAGUGCCAUCGGUUCUAUCAGCGAUUGCGUUCAUCAAACUCUCACCAGCUACAUAAUCCUCCGGAACCGACGCUAAAACAUCAAGCCACUUUAGACUGACUGGACGGAAUCAACUGUCGCACAAUGACGGCGAAGAAACGCGUCCCUCUCCCCAAUUCUCGACCACAUAAACGUAAACAUGCGUGCCUUGCAGAUUCAUCGCCGCCUACGGAAGAUCCGGCCAAGUCAGAUCCAGCAAAACGCAAGAGAGGGAAGACGAAAGCUAUUACAAGUUGCGAGAGAUGUAGGCAUGCUCACAUCAAGUGCGUCGCAAGGGGUCCGAGAGAGCCUUGCGAAAACUGCGCAAAGCGGUCAAUAAGUACCUGCAGCUUCACGCAGCCCUCAAGGCUCAGGAGCUACGGAUGAUGGCAGCAACUGCCCUGGCGUACUUAAAGACGCAACAAAUUUAAUCUCGAACCUUGGCAUCGUCAAAAUUUCAUCAACGGUGCUAUAACAGGCGGUCCUAAAAUUCAUUUGCAUGUUCAUCGCGAUGUUUUAAUAGUGCAGUGGAUAUUUGGGAUAUAUCUAAAAGUUUGAGAAGAUCGGGGGGGAUAGAAUGUAGCAAGGGAAGAAGUGCGAAUACAUCGUGACGAGACUUUGCC